AUGGAUUUCAGAUAUAUUACUGUUUUGCUAACAGAGGAAGAAGCUACAGAAAUAGUUCAAAAUGGCCUGUGUGGGAAAAAAGAAAUGUAACAGCAAAUAGUGAAGUAUGGAUAUCUGUCUUACACAAGGUCCUGUUCCUGGCUGGGCUAUUCAGACCAGCAGUUAAAAACAGAUUUGAAUGUUCAAUCCUGUAAUGGUACGAUUUUAAAUGUUUACUGCCGCAUUAAUCAUUCAGAAGUGAUCCACAUCUUGUUCCAAAUGUUGAAUGCAAAGCAAAAAUGGGAAGUAAAGGAAGCAAUAGAGUGGGUCACUAAACCAGCUGAGUGUAAACCCUCAUGGACUAAGAAGCCAACUUUUCCAGAUGAGGAUAUACAUUUCCAGAUGGGAUAUGCAACCAUUUCAAAGCUUGGAAAUUUAAUAUUUUAUUUCAAUAAUGUUGCAGUGACUCAGUCAGUCUUAACUUUUCAUUUUUUCCCCUUACACUGCCACAACAGAGUGAUAUUUAAACAGCUUCUACAAGCCAAGGCCUUGAGUUAUCUCCAAACUGACAGCUGCAGUCUGGGAAGAGUGAAUGAAAACUUGUCUGUGCUGCUGAUGGCCAAACAGUUCCAGAGUAUUCCUAUCCUGGAUAACUUCCCUGAGACUGCUAAUUCCCACUAG